ACAAUUUUCAGAUAUUACGAAGUUAACAAAUGGGUGACCUGCAGUACCUGCAGGUACAGAGGGCGGCCGUUGCCGAUCCUGCCACACUUGCCGCGUGGGCACAGCGGAAACUGUGCUGGGUACCAGAUCAGAACGAAGGAUUUCUCAUUGGAUCCAUCAAACGAGAAACAAACGAUGAAGUGCUCGUCGAGCUUGUGGACACGAGUCGCCAGGUCACAAUCAGCAGAGAUGACGUUCAGAAAGCGAAUCCACCAAAGUUUGACAAGAUCGAAGAUAUGUCAGAGUUGACGUAUUUAAACGAAGCGUCGGUACUUCACAACUUGAAAGACAGAUAUUAUUCUAGUUUAAUUUAUACUUACUCUGGUCUCUUCUGUGUUGUUAUCAAUCCUUACAAAAAGCUUCCAAUUUACUCGGAAGAUUUGAUUGAAGAGUUCAAAGGAAAAAAGAGACACGAAAUGCCACCACACAUAUUUGCAAUUGCUGAUACUGCGUACAGAAGUAUGCUUCAAGAACGCGAAGAUCAAUCGAUCCUGUGUACCGGAGAGUCUGGAGCAGGAAAAACUGAAAACACGAAAAAAGUUAUUCAAUAUUUGGCUCACGUUGCUGGAGCCACUCGAAACAAGUCGCUAAAUGCUGCUGCACAGCAAAAUAUUGUUCAAAAGCCAGAUGUCCGCAAUCCGAUCGGAGAAUUGGAACAUCAACUACUUCAAGCCAAUCCAAUCCUUGAAGCUUUUGGUAACUCGAAGACAGUGAAAAAUGACAACUCUUCCAGAUUCGGUAAAUUUAUCCGUAUCAAUUUCGACAUGAGCGGCUACAUUAGUGGUGCGAACAUUGAAUUUUAUCUGCUGGAAAAAUCGAGAGUGCUUCGUCAAGCUCAAGACGAAAGAAGUUUCCACAUUUUCUAUCAGAUACUCAGAGGAUGCAGCGCCAAAGAAAAAAGUGAGUACCUUUUGGAAGGAGUCGACAACUACAGAUUUUUGGUAAAUCGUGGAAUAACUCUUCCAAACGUAGACGAUGUUCAAGAGUUUCACAGCACAAUCAACUCCAUGCGCAUUAUGGGAUUUGCCGACGAUGAAAUUUCAUCAAUUAUGCGUGUUGUUUCUGCCGUCCUUCUUCUCGGAAACCUGGAAUUCACUCAGGAGAAGAAGAGUGAUCAGGCAAUGCUUCAGGAUGACAGAGUGAUUCAGAAGGUGUGCCAUCUUCUUGGUCUCCCAGUAAUCGAGCUGCAGAAGGCGUUCCUCCGUCCACGCAUCAAAGUUGGAAGAGAGUUUGUGAACAAGGCACAAAACCAGGAACAAGCCGAGUUUGCCGUCGAGGCCAUUGCAAAGGCCAGUUAUGAAAGGCUGUUCAAAUGGCUUGUGACCAGAAUCAACAAGUCUCUUGAUAGAACUCACCGCCAAGGAGCAUCAUUCAUUGGAAUUCUCGAUAUUGCUGGUUUUGAAAUUUUUGAUAUCAAUUCAUUUGAACAAAUUUGCAUUAACUAUACAAACGAGAAACUUCAACAGUUGUUCAACAAUACCAUGUUCAUUUUAGAACAAGAAGAGUAUCAGAGAGAAGGAAUUGAAUGGGAUUUCAUUGAUUUCGGACUCGAUUUGCAGCCGACAAUUGAUCUUAUUGAGAAACCAAUGGGAGUUCUGGCCCUUCUUGAUGAAGAAUGCCUUUUCCCUAAAGCGAACGACAAGUCAUUUGUUGAGAAGCUUCAGAAAACACACAACAAGCAUCCGAAGUUCAUUGUUCCUGAUAUGCGAUCUAAGAGCCACUUUGCCGUUGUUCACUACGCUGGCCGCGUCGACUACUCUGCUGAUCAAUGGCUCAUGAAAAACAUGGAUCCAUUGAAUGAAAAUGUUGUUGGACUAAUGCAGAACUCCACUGAUCCGUUUGUUGCUGGAAUUUGGAAGGACGCCGAGUUUGCUGGCAUCUGUGCGGCGGAAAUGAAUGAGACUGCAUUUGGAAUGAGGUCUCGCAAGGGAAUGUUCCGAACUGUCUCGCAAUUGCACAAAGAGCAACUUACAAAGCUUAUGACUACUCUUCGGAAUACAUCUCCACACUUUGUUCGUUGUAUCAUUCCAAAUCACGAGAAGAAGUCCGGAAAAAUCAACUCCAACCUUGUACUUGAGCAGCUGAGAUGCAACGGUGUGCUCGAAGGAAUCAGAAUUUGCAGACAAGGUUUCCCGAAUAGAGUUCCAUUCCAAGAGUUCCGUCAUCGAUACGAAAUCCUUACACCAGAUGUCAUUCCUAAAAACUUUAUCGAUGGAAAGGAAUCUGUUCGCAAGAUGAUCACUGCUCUGGACAUUGACACAAAUCUCUACAGAAUUGGACAAUCCAAAGUGUUUUUCAGAACAGGAGUUCUUGCCCAUCUUGAAGAGGAAAGAGAUCUCAAGCUCACCGCUUUAAUUAUGAACUUCCAAGCACAAUGCAGAGGAUUCCUUUCUAGACGGCUUUACACCAGAAGACAACAGCAAUCCAGUGCUAUUCGUAUCAUUCAGCGUAAUGGACUUGCUUAUUUGAAGCUUCGCAAUUGGCAAUGGUGGAGACUAUUCACCAAAGUGAAACCUCUUCUUCAAGUUACAAGAACCGAUGACGAGAUUCGUGCUAAAGAUGAUGAGUUGCGUGCAACAAAAGAACGGCUUCUCAAGAUGGAGCACGACUUCCGUGAAAACGAGAAGAAGCUAGACCAGGUCAUUGUCGAGCGAGCUGUGAUUCAAGAGCAACUUCAACAAGAAUCGGAGAACAGUGCUGAACUGGACGAUAUCCGUGGUCGGCUUCAGACUCGCAACCAAGAGCUCGAGUAUAUUGUCAACGAUAUGAGAGACCGUCUUUCCGAGGAAGAACAGCAAAAUGAAAAGAAUAAUGACGAGAGGAGAAAGCAAAUGGAAACCGUCCGUGAUCUCGAGGAGCAACUCGAGCAAGAGGAACAAGCUAGACAGAAACUGCUUUUGGAUAAGACGAAUGUUGACCAGAGACUUCGAAACCUGGAAGAGCGACUUGUUGAACUUCAAGAUGCCUACGACAAACUUCUCAAAGAAAAGAGGCUCCUUGAAGAAAAGGUUGAAGGCCUAACAACGCAACUUCUUGAUCAUGAAGAAAGAGCCAAGCACGGUGUCAAAGCUAAAGGACGUCUUGAAAAUCAGCUACACGAACUCGAGCAAGACCUUAACCGGGAACGUCAGUACAAGUCUGAGCUUGAACAACACAAAAGAAAACUGCUCGCUGAGCUUGAAGAUAGCAAAGAUCACUUGGCCGAGAAAAUGGGCAAAGUCGAGGAGUUGAACAAUCAACUGAUGAAGCGCGAUGAAGAACUGCAACAUCAACUGACGAGAUAUGACGAAGAAUCAGCAAAUGUGACUCUUAUGCAGAAACAGAUGAGAGACAUGCAAACCACAAUUGAUGAACUUCGUGAAGAUAUGGAAACUGAGCGAAAUGCUAGAAAUAAGGCAGAAAUGACAAGGAGAGAAGUCGUUGCUCAACUGGAAAAAGUGAAAGGAGAUGUUCUCGACAAGGUGGAUGAAGCCACAAUGCUUCAAGACCUUAUGUCAAGAAAAGAUGAAGAAGUUAAUGCUACAAAGAGAGCCAUUGAACAAAUCCAGCACACAAUGGAAGGAAAGAUUGAAGAACAAAAGGCUAAAUUUAGUCGACAAGUAGAAGAGCUUCACGAUCAAAUUGAGCAGCAUAAGAAGCAGCGUAGUCAACUGGAGAAACAACAGAACCAGGCUGACCAAGAACGUGCAGAUAUGGCUCAAGAGAUUGCACUCCUUCAGGCUAGCAGAGCAGAUAUCGAUAAGAAGAGAAAGAUUCACGAAGCUCACUUGAUGGAAAUUCAAGCGAAUUUGGCAGAAAGCGAUGAGCAUAAGAGAACUCUCAUUGAUCAGUUGGAAAGGAGCCGUGAUGAACUCGACCAUUUGAACCGUGUCCGAGAAGAGGAAGAGCAUGCCUUUGCUAACAUGCAGAGACGAUUGGCUACUGCUGAAGGUCAAAUCCAAGAGCUCAAUGAGCAAAUUCAAGAAGAGACCCGAUUGAAAAUUGCCAAUAUCAACCGGGCUCGACAGCUUGAAGACGAAAAGAACGCUCUUUUGGAUGAAAAAGAAGAGGCUGAAGGACUUCGUGCUCAUCUUGAAAAAGAAAUUCACGCAGCUCGGCAAGGCGCUGGGGAGGCACGUAGAAAGGCAGAAGAAUCUGUGAAUCAGCAACUUGAAGAGCUCAGAAAGAAGAAUUUGAGAGAUGUUGAGCACCUUCAAAAGCAGUUGGAAGAAAGUGAAGUUGCUAAAGAAAGAAUUCUGCAGAGCAAGAAGAAGAUUCAGCAGGAACUUGAAGAUAGUUCGAUGGAACUCGAAAAUGUGCGUGCUUCUCAUAGAGACUCUGAAAAACGACAAAAGAAGUUCGAAUCUCAAAUGGCUGAGGAACGCGUUGCAGUUCAAAAAGCUCUUCUUGAUCGGGAUGCUAUGAGCCAAGAAUUAAGAGACAGAGAAACCAGAGUGUUAUCGCUUUUGAAUGAAGUUGAUAUCAUGAAAGAGCACCUCGAAGAGUCUGACCGUGUUCGUCGAUCUCUCCAGCAAGAACUGCAAGAUUCAAUCUCAAAUAAGGAUGACUUUGGAAAGAACGUUCACGAGCUUGAAAAAGCAAAGCGAUCAUUGGAAGCUGAGUUGAAUGACAUGCGAGUUCAGAUGGAGGAGCUGGAGGAUAAUCUUCAAAUUGCUGAGGAUGCUCGCCUCCGUCUCGAAGUCACCAACCAAGCUCUCAAGUCUGAAAGUGACCGAGCCAUUAGCAACAAGGACGUGGAAGCAGAAGAGAAACGUCGUGGACUUCUCAAGCAGAUCAGGGAUUUGGAGAAUGAGCUCGAGAACGAGAAGAGAGGAAAGUCUGGAGCCGUUAGCCACCGCAAGAAGAUUGAAAACCAGAUUGGAGAACUUGAGCAACAACUGGAAGUGGCGAAUAGGCUGAAAGAAGAGUAUAACAAACAGCUCAAGAAAAAUCAGCAAAUUAUCAAGGAGUACCAAAUCGAAUGCGAAGAAGCUCGUCAAGCCAAGGAAGAUAUUGCAGCACUAUUGAGAGAAGCUGAUAGAAAGUUCAGAGCAGUUGAAGCUGAAAGAGAACAGCUCAGAGAAGCCAACGAGGGGCUCAUGCAAGCUCGCAAACAACUUGAGCUUGAAAACGACGAGCUGGAAGAGCUCCGAGCCAAGGGUGGCGGUAUCAGCUCCGAAGAGAAGCGUCGCCUCGAAGCAAAAAUUGCUCAACUCGAAGAAGAGCUCGAGGAGGAGCAGAGCAACUGCGAACUUGCCAUCGACAAACAAAGAAAGGCCCAGGUGCAGCUUGAGCAAAUCACCACCGAUCUGUCAAUGGAGCGAACUCUCAAUCAGAAGACAGAAGCUGAAAAGCAAAGUCUUGAGAGAAGCAACAGAGACUAUAAGGCGAAGAUUACAGAGCUUGAAUCUGGUGCUCAGUCUAGAGCUCGAGCUCAGAUGGCUGCUCUUGAGGCCAAGGUUCAAUAUCUUGAGGAUCAAUUGAAUGUUGAGGGACAAGAGAAGACUGCUGCCAACAGAGCUGCUAGACGACUCGAGAAGAGAUUGAACGACACGACACAACAAUUUGAAGAUGAGAAGAGGGCUAACGAGCAAGCUAAAGAAUUGCUGGAGAAAUCGAACCUCAAAAACAGAAAUCUCCGUCGCCAAUUGGAUGAAGCUGAAGACGAGAUGUCACGAGAACGCACAAAGCAUCGUAAUGUGCAGCGUGAAGCCGACGAUCUUCUCGAUGCUAACGAGCAACUGACUCGAGAACUUAUGAAUCUUCGAGGAAACAAUAGACGGCGCGCUGAUAUGCGUCUUCGUAGAGGCUUCGAUGUUCCCGGAUCAAGUGAUAAUCUUGCUCGUGAAGAGGAAAACGAAUCUAAUGUGUCCGGAUCUGAACACGGAAUGUCGGUGAACUAAUUCUGCUCAUGUCAUUACUACCAGAUAAUCAAAUCGUCACAAUGCCACAUGUUAUCUAAUUUUUAAUCAAAAAACAAUGCUUUGCGUAAUAUUUUCCAAUUUCCCUCAUAUUUACAUACUGUUCUACUUCUCGUCAAUUUCCAAAAAAAGAAAGAAAAAGCUCCUCAUUUAUUAGUUUGCAUAUCUUAAAUGCUUGUAAUUUGUAAUUUAUAAAAUAACUUAUUGUCUUCCCGCCGCUCCUCCCACAGAAAUAUAUAUUAUGGAACAAAAAUCAUUUAUGUGUAAUUACAGCUUAUCACUUUUUAUGAGAAGGAUUCAAAAUUACAUGUACUGGGAACCUUUCCACUUCCUUUUUCCUCUUUUUUUCCUCCUGUCAUUCUUAAAAAUCCCGCUUCUUUUACAUUCAGAAUUCAAUUGCGCACGGUUGUGAAAAAUCUGUUGAUUUAAAUUAUAUGUGAGUGAUAUGUUUCUGAAUGAAGAUUUAUAAAUUUAUUGGAU